UGAUUCAGUGUGGAACUGGAAGUGACCGUUUUGUAAACAAUACUUUCUCCACUUUCUCCGCAUUUUAGUGGCAAAUUAAAAGAUUUUCUGGAUAUCUUAAAAAAAAAAGUUUUGCGGUUAUUCAAUCGAAACUGGUGGGCAGCCACAUAACAAGUGCUGGUGAUGGAAUCAAUUUGCCGUGCCUGUCGGAAACCCCUCAAUGCCGAAUCCUUCGGACUGGCCAACAACUCCGAUCGCUUUGGCCGCCCGGUUUGGGAGAUGAUGUACGAUUGCACCCAAAUUGAGGUUACUACCGAGGACAAUUUUCCUAGCAGUUUAUGUUUGAGAUGCUUGAGGCUACUGGAAACAUCUUACGAAUUCCUUAUGAUGUGCAGGGAAUCCAUGGAAUUCUUUUUAGCCACAAUGAAGUCGGACAGUUCCAAUAUCCCUGUGGAUAUUCAAGCUGUUGCCAGCACUACGGCAGAUAAUAAGGAUCCACCUUCAAGCUCUGAGUCGGACAAGCCGACAAACACAAAUAGUCAAUAUUUUACGACGCUCAAACAUGAAAUCAAAGAGGAACCAGCCGAAGAGCAAUCGGAAUCUGAGAAUUAUAGCACAGAUGACGAUUCGUUGCUAACUCCGCUGAAAACCGAGCGAGAAGCCCCAGCCCAGAAAAAAAGUCGGAUCGAGAGAUACCAAAAAAUGAAGGAAAAACGCGCGCGUACAAGCGAGAGAUAUCAAGAAAUGAAGGAAAAAAAUCGUGCGCGGACGAGCGCUUGGCGUGCCAGUCGGACACCGGAACAAAUUAUGGCUGAACGGGAGAAAAAUAGACUUAGAACCGCACAGAGGCGUGAAGCCAAACGAAAUAGUGCCCAAGGCUUGGAACGAGAAAGGUUGGAAAAUCGAUUGAGGACGGCCAUGUGGCGAGCUAAGCGAACACCUGAAGAACUACAGGCUGAUCGAGAAAAGGAUAGAGAAAGAAGAGCCAUGAGUCGUAAAAUCUGGAAGGAAGAGAGUAGUUCGUGAUUUUCGUUAAAGAUGUCCCUUAUUUUAUUUAUCUUAAGGUUGAUACGCUCUCUUCGAGUAGCAACAGGAGCAGUGUAUCGUGAUAUCAGACUAUCAGAUUGAUAAAGACGUUCCCUAACUUGUCUGCCAAUGACAGCUUGCAGACAUCUUUCCUUGUACUCGUGUACUUUCAUCAGGGUAUGCAAUUGAACGCAUCAAGUCUGAUUUAAACGCAAAAAUGUUUUGACAAGUAUAUUCUGAUUUCAAGUUUGACAAUAAAGACGAGACCCGCGUGAAGCAGAUACCAGCAAAA